AUGAGGUCACCUUGUCAACGUCAACACAAUUCCACCGCAGUGUCAAUGGACACGACCACCUCGUCGUCACCGCGAGUCUACCUCGGCAUUGUCAACACGAGUCUAUCUCGACAUCAAAUAAACAAGUCCGCCUUGAUUGUCCUUCCUCGCCAAGACAGCCUCGUUGACUUGUCUCUUAUCUCAAAACGACCUCGUCAUAACCAUCGGCGUCGCAUCGUUCAGACUUCGCCUCGCUGUCGCAUCGAUCAAGCUUCGCCUCACCAUCGCGUCGAUAAACCUUCGCCUCAUCGUCGCAUCGAACAAGCUUGGUCAUGCUGUCGCAUCGAACAAACUUCAUUUUGCUGUCGCAUCGAUCAAGUUUCGCCUCGCUGUCGCGUCGAUCAACCUUCGUCUCGUCGUCGCAACGAACAAGUUUUGUUAUGCUGUCGCAUCGAACAAGCUUCGUCAUGCUGUCGCAUCGAUCAAGUUUCGCCACACCAUCGCCUCGAUCAAGCUUUACCUCGCCGUCACGCCACCUUCACUGACUUCGCUUCGUCAUCACACCGAUCAAACUUUGCCUCGUCGUCGCACCGAACAAGCUUUGUCUUGUUGUCGCAUCGAUCAAGCUUCGCCUCGCCGUCGCGUCAAUCAAGCUCCACCUCGCCAUCGCAUCGACUUCGCUUCGUCGCCGCAUCGAUCAAACUCCACCUCAUCAACGUCACCUCGCCCGACAUAAUCACCUCAUCGCAUCAUCACCUCGUCGAGUCGUCGGAUCCACAAAUCAACCUUGCGUCAUCGCGUCACCCAAUCUCUUCAAAUUCAACUCGUUGUUGCGUCGAUCAAGCUUCGUCUCGACUAGUCAUCGCUAACCUGUUCGAGCACGCGAACAGUCAAGCAGCAAACAGUCAAGCAGCGAAUUGA